AGUUAUAUAGACAUGGGAAUCAAUUUUUCAAUUUUCACAAAACUGUUCAGAAAGAAAGAAGUGCGUCUGUUAAUGAUGGGACUUGACGCUGCUGGGAAAACAACACUUUUAUAUAAAUUAAAACUUGGCGAAGUUGUUACAACAAUACCCACUAUAGGCUUCAAUGUUGAAACAGUAGAACAUAAAGGAAUUUCUUUCACAACAUGGGAUGUUGGUGGCAGAGGUAAAAUUAGACCCCUGUAUAGACAUUAUUAUGCAAAUACAGAUGGGAUAGUGUUUGUAAUAGACAGCAGUGAUAGGGAGCGAUUUUCAGAGGCUAAAGAAGAGAUGGAAAGAUUGAUUGGGGAAGAUGAACUGAGAGAAUCAGCAAUUCUUGUUGUUGCUAAUAAACAAGAUUUGGCAAAUGCAAUGACUCCUGAUGAAAUCAGAGAUAAAUUACAGUUAGAGAAAUACAGAGACAGAAAAAUAUAUGUGCAGGGAGCGAUUUCCAUUGAAGGUGAUGGUCUGUACGAAGGUCUGGACUGGUUGACUUCAGUGAUCAGUGGGAAAAUGGCCAAGACAGAGAUUACAAAAUCGAUCAACAAAACAAUCGCUGAUGGACAUAAACAAUACAAGACUGGUUAUGGCUGGCUUCAUGGAUUCUAUGAAGGCAUCAAGAGCAAAUUCACUGUGGGAGCUAAUUAA